AUGCUUAAGUUUGCCGUCGUCGCUCUGCUCGUCGCCGCCGUCAUGGCGGAGGACUUCAAGUUCCAGGACUGUGGCCACAGCGAGGUGAAGCACCUGGAGCUGUCCGGUUGCUCUGGCUCCCAUUGCGUCAUCCACAAGGGCAAGGACUUCAUGAUGACCGCCGACCUGGUGUCGAACCAGGACACGAAGAAGGUGCACGUGAAGAUCGUCGCCGACGUCGGCGGCCUGAAGCUGCCCAUUCCCGGCGUCGACGAGGACGGCUGCAAGCACAUCAAGUGCCCGCUGACCAAGGGCGAGGAGGCCAAGUUCACCUACUCCAUGAACAUCCCCAAGCUCAUUCCCAACAUCAAGGCGCACGUCAUCGCCACGCUGAGCGGCGACCACGGCGUCAUGGCCUGCGUCAACGUCGAUGGUGAGGUGAAGAACUAA